AUGAUUUUGAUUUCAGGGCUGUUUAUUUCAUUCUGGAAAAACAAGUUUCCUCCUUGGGUUGUUCUCUUGAUUGGUUCUCUGGCUUGCUUCUCUGGUUAUGGCGUUCUCUGGCUCGCUGUGAGCAGAACUGUGCAGUCCCUUCCUUACUGGUCGUUGUGUCUUGCUCUUUGUGUUGCGGCCAAUAGUAAUGCUUGGUUUAGCACAGCUGUUCUUGUAACCAAUAUGAGAAACUUCCCUCUCAGCCGAGGCACUGUUGCAGGUAUUCUCAAAGGUUAUGUGGGGCUCAGUGCUGCGGUAUUUACAGAAAUCUACAGUGUACUGCUUCAUAGUUCCUCCUCUAAUCUUCUGUUGUUCCUCGCACUUGGGAUUCCUAUGCUAUGUUACCUUUUAUGA